GUGCUUGAAACUCUCAAAUCUCGGUAGAAACAAAAUAUUGGUGCCGUGCUUCGACACAAGCCUCUUAAUUUGAUGAGUGAAUGAAAAAAAUUGACUUAACUAUAAGCACCUUACCUACGAUGUAAAAAAAUUAGUCAGAUUUCCCCUAAUUCGAAAAACUCGUUACUACUUACAAUCCUGUCGGACUUCCGAUUCUUUCCGGUGUAAAAAAGAAACUAUGCUUCGAUCUGUUUCUGAAUUUCUGAGUGCUCAGGAGGAGAAAUCGAAGCUAGAAGCCACUGGGAAUCCUCUCUGCUUCUGGAUUCUGGUUUCUAUAUUAAGGGCUUUCCAUUUCGUCUGGAUCAUCUCUCCUUCUACUGCCUUCUGCACUGUAUAGAGAGAGGUACUUAGCAGUUCUCAUGUGUAACAUUGGAUGAUGCAUGAUGUCAACGAUCAACGCAAUCUUAUCCCUCUUACAAGGAUGUAAUAGCAUGAAAAGGCUUCAUAAGAUCCAUGCUGUAGUCCUUGUAAAUGGUUACCAGGGGAACCUAGCCAUUUCUGAAAAACUCCUUAACUUUUGUGCUAUCUCAAUCACAGGAAGCUUAGUGUACGCCCAACUUUUGUUCAAUCAGAUUACAAACCCACAAGUCUCAGCUUGGAAUUCAAUGAUCAGAGGGUUUUCUCAGAGUCCAACUGCUUUGGAGGCAAUUUUGUACUAUAACCAAAUGAUGUUUGAAAGCCAAUGUCGCCCUGAUAACUUUACAUUCUCGUUUGUGCUUAAGGCUUGUGAAAAAGCCAAGGUAGUGAAGAAAUGUAGAGAGACCCAUGGGUUGAUAAUUCGAAGUGGAUAUGAAGAAGAUGUCGUUGUGUGCACAAACUUAAUGAGAUCCUAUGCAGGGAAUGUAUCAAUUAAAACUGCACAGUUGGUUUUUGACAGAAUGAUUGAGAAAGACUUGGUUUCUUGGAAUGCCAUGAUUUCUUGCUACUCUCAGGCUGGUUUGCAUGAGGAGACAAUUAAGUUAUACAAUCAGAUGAGAACUUUUGAUGUUGGAGUUGAUGCUUUCACCCUUGUUAGCCUUCUUUCCUCUUGUGCUCAUGUUGGGGCACUGGAUUUUGGAGUUGAGAUGCAUAGGCUUGCCAAUGAAAAUGGAUUCGGGGACAAUUUAUUUGUGAGAAAUGCUCUUAUAGAUAUGUAUGCCAAAUGUGGCAGCUUAGAUGGAGCUCGUCAUGUUUUCUCUAGAAUGCGAAGGUCGGACAUAUUUACUUGGAACUCCAUGAUAGUUGGUUUGGGAGUUCACGGUCAUGGGGAUGAGGCAAUCAUCCUUUUCAAGCAGAUGUUGAUGGCCAACAUCCGGCCAAAUCUAGUCACAUUCUUGGGUUUGCUAUGUGGCUGUAGUCAUCAAGGUCUUGUUGAGGAAGGUGUUAAGUGUUUCCACAUCAUGACCUCUCAUUUUAAUCUGAAGCCUGGCAUUAAGCAUUAUGGGUGCAUGGUGGACCUAUAUGGACGUGCUGGAAAACUGGAGAAAGCACUUGAGAUUAUUAGGAGUUUGCCUGCUGGGGAUGAUCCAGUCUUGUGGCGAACCUUGCUUGGUGCCUGCAAGAUUCAUAAGAAUGUGGAAAUAGGAGAAGUUGCCAUGAGCAACCUAGUUUGUCUUGAAUCAGUGAAUGCAGGGGACUGCGUACUUUUGGCUGGAAUUUAUGGUGAAGCCGGGGAUCAAGAAGGUGUGGCAAGAAUGAGAAAAUUUAUUAGAAGUCAAAGAAUCCAGACAAGUCCAGGUUGGAGCUGGAUUGAAGUUGAUUAUGAAGUCCAUAGGUUUGUUGCGGAUGAUAAGUCACAUGCUGAAUCUGAAGAAAUCUAUGCAAAGCUGAAAAACAUUAUCUGUCAAGCAAUCCAGGUUGGUUAUGUGGAAGAAGAGUCUUUGAUUCCAGUGCCUCCUUGUUCCUCCAUGGAAUGGUCAAAAAAUUUGGGCUCCUAUCAUAGUGAGAAGUUAGCGAUAGCUUUUGGGCUGGCAAGAACACCGCAUGGAACACGGUUGCAGAUUGUGAAAAAUCUGAGGGUUUGUAGAGAUUGCCAUUCCUUCACAAAAUUUGUAUCAAAAGCUUUUAAUAGAGAAAUUAUUGUCAGAGACCGAGUUCGAUUUCACCACUUCAGGAAUGGAUUGUGUUCCUGCAAAGACUAUUGGUGAAAUUCCAAAUGUUUGGCUUUCCGUCAUAAAUUUAUUAACAGUUUGGAUAUUCAUCAAGAAGGUGGUUUGCCAAAAAAUCCCAUAUUGAGAUUUCAAAGUCCCAGGAUACAUACUUCUACCGGCUGUCAUUGCAGCCUUGCAGGUGAAGAUGUGUGCAAUUCAGUGGUAUGAAAAUUUGGUUGGAUAAAGUAAAUUGACAAGUACGAAGCAUUAUUACGGCAAUAUCAUUAGAUGCCUUUUCUACUCACUAAAUUGAUUGGGCAAGUCAUCCGCUGGCAACACAGCUCUUUCUCUUUAUUGCAUUGUGGUGCUUUUGAUGCGUUGAGCGUUAGAGAUGUCCAGCAGAGACUCAUUUUCUGCGAGAUCCUGGUCGUGAUCUUGCUUCCUCCACUAUGGUUUUUGCAGUGUUGAAUUCUGCAUUUGCUUGCUAAAGACGUUGAUGGGUUACGUCCCGGGUAUAAUUUACGCCAUCUAUGUGAUCGACCAUCUGUUUUCUCGCAAAACUCUAUCCAAUGGGUGCUCCUUAAAAGAGUUUAAGAUGACUAUCAACUCAUUAUGGUACACUAUGCCAUGUCUGCUCAGUGAAUUUUGUAUGAUUUGCCAGCCUAAAGAGAGCACAACUUGAUCCUUUUUUUGAUUUUGGGGCUGGAGGGUGAGAACAGAAAAGUUCUUACCAAUGGAGAAAAAUCUAAGCAUCUCUAUAUAUGCAAAAAAAGGUUUACUUGGUUGAAUAACUGGACAAAGUUUAAAAGGGAAAGCCAAAAUAACAAAACAUUGGAAAGGGUUGGAAA